AUGAGUUCUCUGUCAAUCAAAAGUUUUUCCAGUUCCCGUCCGUCCUCCUCUCUAUCAUACACCGGAGGGUUUACGAAGCGCAUCGCUGUUGGUCACGCACCGAGCGUGUAUGCCGGAGCAGGGGCAGGCUCUGUCCGCGUCUCUUAUGCCAGCGGGACGAGAAGCGGUUUUGACUUGGCAAGCGCACUUAGUGGUGCCGAUAAUGGCUUUAACGUGUCUCAAAAUGAGAAGGCAACGAUGCAGAACCUCAACGACCGUCUUGCAAGCUACCUACAGAAAGUCCGGUCACUGGAAGAGGCAAAUGCCAAGCUGGAGCGUCAGAUUCGCGAGUGGUAUGAGAAGAGGACGCCAGUGAGCAGAGAUUACUCUCACUAUCAGGUGACCAUCGACGACCUGCGCUCAAAGAUCAAUGCUGUCACUCUGGACAAUGCCAGGAUCGUCCUGCAGAUUGACAAUGCCAAGUUGGCCACAGAGGACUUCAGGCUCAAGUAUGAGAAUGAGCUGGCACUGCGUCAGUCUGUAGAGGCUGAUAUUGCUGGACUCAGGAAGGUUCUGGAUGAUCUUACAAUGACACGGUCAGAUCUAGAGAUGCAGAUUGAAGGCCUGAGGGAAGAACUGGUGUUCCUGAAGAAGAACCAUCAGGAGGAGAUGGCAGCACUGCGGGCCCAGAUGACCUCCAGCUCAGUGAACGUUGAGGUUGACGCUGCUCCACAACAGGACCUCGCCCGUAUUAUGGAGGAGAUCCGCGCACAGUACGAAGGCAUCGCAGAGAAGAACCGCAGAGAGAUGGAGGCUUGGUACAAGGGCAAGUUUGACGAGCUGAACAAACAGGUGACCAUCAGCUCAGAAGGCCUUCAGACCUCUCGCAGUGAAAUCAGUGAGCUGAAAAGAACCCUCCAGGCUCUGGAGAUUGAGCUGCAGUCACAGAUCAGCCUGAAAGCGUCUCUGGAGGGCACCCUAGCAGACACAGAGUCUCGCUACAGUAUGCAGUUGACUCACCUGCAGGGAGUCAUUAACAGCCUGGAGGCUGAGCUCUCACAGAUGCGCAUGGACAUCGAGAGACAGUCCAGCGAGUACAAGAUGCUCCUGGACAUCAAGACCAGACUGGAGCUCGAGAUUGCAGAAUACAGAAGGCUGCUGGACGGAGAGGACAUCACGAAAACCACGACAAAAGUGAUUGAAUUUACACCUCCCCCCAAACCUGAUCCAGUGGUGACCAAACGUGUGAGGACCGUGGUCGAGGAGGUGAUCGACGGAAAGGUUGUCUCCCGCACUGAGGAUGUUGAUGUGGAGGUUGUGAGCAAGUAG